GGAACAAAAGGGGGGUGCUGUCAAGAAAAUAGUGAGCACGAUUCUGGACAACAAAGACUCUGUGACCCAAGGAGUGGCUGGAAGGCCCUAUGCUCAGCUGGCUUGGGGGGGAGUUCUGGCCUUACUCAUGGUAGGUAUCAUCCAGCGAAGAUAUAAGCUAACUGGAAUUGCAGGCCACAACACGAGCGUUUGAAGAGCCGCAGCAUGCCAUCGAGGGCCUUGAGAUGAUAACAGACAUCCUUAUCCGGCAUCAGAUUGAACAAAUCAACUUCAAGAGCUUGUAUGAGCCCGCAAGCUCGGAAGAUGAAAAUGCUAUCAAGUGUUCCAGAUCCUUGAUGGGUAGCACCGUCAAGCUUUACUCUCGGAUACUGGAAUAUCAAAUACGGCUUGCGGAGCAAUGCUAUAAUAACCGUGCUAUAGCCACCAUCCGCAAUGUAUUUCAGCUUGAUAGCUGGGGUGACAUGACGAAGAAGCUCCAGAGCCUUGAUAAGCGCAUCAUAGAUGAGCUAAGAACCCAAAAGGAAGCGCGUGAGCAGAUAGAACGACGGAUUCAAGAAUUGCAUCCAACGACUCGUGCAACCUGGGCCCGCAUUAAAGAGAAGCCGAUCUGUCAUGAAGGAACCCAGAGAGAAAUCCGAGAUGCCAUACACAGAUGGAGCGAGGACUCAGAAGGGAAGUCGAUUCUAUGGCUGAGUGGAUUACCUGGAACAGGUAAAUCUACAGUUUUGAGGACAAUCGCCGCCGAGCUUUCACAUCGGGAUUUCAACAGCCCGCGUCUAGGCGCUAGCUUCUUUUUUAAUAAGAACGACUUAGUGGGUAGUAACAUUCGGAAUCUUUUUCCAACACUCGCCUGCGAUUUAGUGGAAACCGUCCCCGGUUUCGGUGCCGCGGUGUCUCAAGCUAUUGGAAUGAAAAGAAAUAUCCAGGACCGGUCCAUAGAGGAUCAGUGGCGGUGCUUCAUCCAGGAUCCUCUAUUGACGUUGAAGGGCACAUUCCAUAGCCAGAUCAUCGUCGUACUUGACGCAAUUGAUGAGAUUGUGAUCGAAGAUGGAACAGUCGGACAUCUUCUGCAGCGCCUAAGCGAGACCGAACGACUGAAAUUCCUCAUCUCGUGUCGUUCCGAAAGCCCCGUACCCUUUCAAGGGCUAGGGGCUAUGGUUCAGGAAAGGAAGCUCGGAAAAAUAAUCGUCGACAACACCGAUGAGAACGAUAUAACUUGUUUCCUGACGCAUGAGUUAGCACAAAUUUCGGAGAAAUUUCCCGACCUCCCACCGGAGCUUCUCGGACAGGAGACCGUUAGAGAGCUUGCAAUACAGACGGAGGGUCUGUUCUUUUAUGCAGAUUCAAUUUGCCGGCUUUUGAAGACGGCGGAUAGGGGGUCGCAGAUACGUCGUCGCCUUGAGCAGCUUACGGCCAAUAAACCAACCCAUCGACCCUUGCGGGACAUGGAUAAGCUAUAUACGGAAAUUCUCGACCGUAUACUUACCAUGGAGCCAGAACAUGACGAGGAAAUAGUCCCGUUAUUCCAAAAGGUGGUAGGGGCAAUGGUUGUGCUGAGACAGCCGCUCUCGGUCCCGUCUCUCGGCAAGCUGAUCGCUGCUUCCGACGAUGAUAGCGACUAUAUCCUCGCGAAGAUAUGCUCAUUGAUUGACAUAUGUGUGCCGGGAUGUCCGCCGUCAUUUAUUCACCUCUCAUUCAAGGACUACGUCCUUGAUGGAUCCCGGUGCCCGAAUCGUCUCUUUCACAUCACGAAGGAAAGACGACAUGCUGAGCUCUUCCGCGGCUGCAUAAAAGUAAUGAAAGAGUCCCUUCAUCGUGAGAUCCGUAACCUUCACGACCAUCGCUCCACGGUUGAUGCGGAAUCUUCUCGGGAACAGCUGCCACAAUACGUACGCUACGCGUGCAUGUUUUGGGUGGAGCAUCUGUCCCUAAGCGGGUUGCCCCCCAAGCAAGAAAGCUAUGAGGUUGAGGUGUUUGUGAAACGGCACUUUUUGCAGUGGCUCGAGUUCAUGGCUUGGCUCAAGAUGAUCCCUGACGCAGACGUCGCUCUUGUGAAACUUUAUCGAAUGAGGAUGGGUGAUUCUCUGAGGAGCUUCCUUAAGGACGCAUGGACCUAUAUACAGGAGUUCAGGGGGAUUAUCGAGAAGUUCCCCCUGCAGAUUUAUGUCCCUGCUCUCAUCUUCUGCUCAGAAGAAUCAUGCAUCCGCAAUAUAUUUGAACGUGAGAUCCUCCGAGAAAUGCGACUCAUUGAUUCCGGGGGUAUGAGUAUAUUUGGUCGCGAGAUCUCGUUUCGAGGGGAUCAGAAACCUAUCGAAUUCCAAAUUUCGCCCGAUGGCCAACCUUUAGUGGUAGUCCUAAAGCGGCUAACAGAUCCUAAAUCGGCAAAGGAGAUCACCAUUUGGGAUACAACAACAUGGGUAUCUGAGACUCUGCAUGUCGACGUACUGAGGUUCCAAAUCUCGCCGAGCAGCAGGCAUUUGUUAGUCCUCAGUCAAUCCGGAAAAGUCUUCUUGUCCGAUCUCCAUUCUCGCCCCUCUCACACUCCUCUUCCCAUGGGAGAGUUGCAAAGCAUCUCGGGAAAAGUGACCGAUAUCGCAUUCUUCGAAAGCGGGGCCAGAUUCGCAUGUGCAGUCAACAAGGAGGUCCUAAUCCUGAGCGCUACCACAGGCCAUGAUUCCCAGAGCUUUCGAGUCCCGGAAGUGUCAUCAUUGAACGGACUUUCUGUUGCAGCAGAUGGAAGCAGGGUUGCAAGGUUAUCCCACGUGGACGGACGGAUGGAAACCAUCCAUUCAAGGGACGAAUCCGUACAGAGUUCGGACAUCACCUUCGAGACCCUCGUUCGUCCGCAAGAUUGCCAAGUCGUGUUCCCUGAUGACGACAAGCCUUCUUCGCUGCCAGUCAUCAAGGCAGGCAUUGGAAAAGAUGGGCCGCCCUCUUUCUUGAUACAGACUCCCGACCAUCUAGGUGUGGUGGUUGCCAAUGACCAGAAGAUGACGGUCUGGAGAAAAUCUCCGAAGACGGGAGCAAGUGUCCCGAUUGCUGGAUGCCCGACCUUGAGUUCAGAUGAGACUGUCCUGUCAUGCUUUACCCAAGAAGUCAUCCAGGUGUUCAAACCAGGGACAUGGGAGAUAUGGGAACUGAAUAGAGAGAGUUGCAGUUCACCGGGAACUGUAUAAGCACGUAUCGGGGGGUUGCCAAGCGGAAACCCCCUGCACAAUAGUCUAGAGCAUAGCGCUUGUCUUCAUCUGCGACGCGAUCCAAGAGCUUCAGUCUGGGGAGAGUUCAGGAUCGAAGGGACCGGGAUCAAAGGGCAUACGCAGCCACAUUCUCGAAAGAUUCCGAUCUCAUCAGAUGGGGAAGGUCUUACUAAGACGGCUCUUUUUUAAACCCACAGGCUUCCGAGAAAGUUAUCCGGUUAGUGACCCUGAACUAUCGCGGUACAAUGUCACCUGGUCUCUGGAUUCAUCGCUAGCUCUGCGGAAGCAGGC